AUGGCUCGUGUCUCUUACUUUUCUGAGCACCUCGACUCUGCUUCAAUCAUCACUGAAGCACCCUCAACCACCAAAGGAAGUACAUAUUCCUCCUCUCUCUCAACCAUGGCAGGCAAAAUCAAAGCCGCCCUUUUAAAACCGUAUCAUGGCUACAAACAACACACCAAACUCAUUGUCAACACCAACUUUGCAUCGACCCAGUCCAAAGAGCAUAACUAUGGCAUCGAUGCCGGCUCGAUGUCGUACGGGUCUCGGACUGCUUCGGAAGAGGAAUUGCGCAAACAAUACGAGCGCAACCAUCUCGGCGCUAUUUUCGGCCAGGAUCCAGGUUUUCAUAACCAAGCGACAAUCAUCUAA